AUGGCCACUCGAUUCGAGAAAACGUCAUCUGACGUGGAAGGCUACACCCGUAUCAAAAACGAGCUCAUUGCCAUGCGCGAUGGUGUCAAGCUUUGUGCAGAUGUUUUUCUUCCCUUCUCAGCGUCCAAGGUCGGCGAAAAGGUCCCAGUUAUUUGCAGUCUCGGACCUUACGGCAAGGAUGUCCACGCCUCAUCGUUUGGAUUGCCUCAAACAGAUAUUUACACCGAAAUGUAUAAACACAUCAAGCCGUUGGGGCCAGAUGCGUGCUUCGAGCUAUGCGAACCGCUCAUAUGGUGUCAGGAGUACGGCUACGCUCUCCUCCGUGUCGAUGAGCGUGGAAUCGGUAAUAGUGAAGGACGGCUGGAUCCUUUUGGUUUGGAAAGAUCGGUGAAAAUUCAAGCUGACGCUCAGGGCCAAGAUCUUUAUGAUGUGGUGGAGUGGGCUGCUGCUCAAGACUGGUCUAAUGGCAAGGUAGCAUUUUCAGGCAUCAGCUACUACGGUAUGGUAGGAUACUUUACCGCUAUGCAGAAACCUCCACAUUUGACAUGCGUCAUGUCGUAUGAAUCGGCCUGUAGUCUCUACCAGGCUGGUCGUCGCGGGGGUAUCUACAGCCACAACUUCCAAUCCCAUUGGUACAACAACAUCGUUAUACCUAAUCAACGAGGAGCUCGAGAUGGGACACGAACGAAGGAGGAGCUUGCGGCCGAUCGAGUGGACUACCCCAACCUCCUAGCAACAUACGAGUACCCUGAUCAAGGCCCCGUUGCUUUUGUGGAAAGUCUCAGAUCGCUCUCUGAUGUCGAAGUGCCAAUUUAUGUGGCCGGCAACUGGACCGAUCCAGAACUACAUCUUCCGGGUAAUAUACGAGCCUUCAAUGGAGUCUCUUCGAAGGAAAAGUGGCUUGAAAUGCAUACUGGGAAUCAUCUAGCUGCAUUCUAUGAGCCAGAUCAUAUUUCAUUGCAGAAGAAGUUUCUAGACUAUUUCCUCUUCGACAAGAAGGAUAACGGAAUGCUUGAGGUGCCUCGGAUCCGGCUAGUUCAGCACCAUGGUACCAAGACCCUAUACCGUGAAGACGAGACGUCUUUCCCGCCUGCCGAUGCACAAGACGUUUCAUUUUAUCUGUCUCAUCAGAAGAGAUUAUCUUUCAGUCAAUUGGAAGCGGAAAAGCAGCGAUUGUCCUAUCAGGGUUACAAAGAAAACAUCACCUUCACCCUUGAAACUCCAUUCGCCGAGUCUUUCGAAAUACUUGGAUCUCCAUAUCUCGAUAUUGAAAUCAGUACCAAUGCCGAGGACUUGGAUCUCUUCAUCUAUCUUCGUGCAAUUGAUGCGGACGGUGAGACAGUGGUAUUGAAGGGCAAUCAUGGCGAGCCUAUGGAUAGCUUCACCAGAGGCUAUUUUCGCCUAUCACACCGGGAUGAAGUUGCCAAGGAUUUCGAUAAGGACCGCGUCAUCUCCCAGCCUCCCAUUCCCAAGUCUGAAGUUGUUUCAGGUCACACAUACAGAGUUCUAGUGCCUAUCUAUCCGACAGCAUAUCUCUUUGACAAAGGCGAAACGCUUUCACUUGAGAUAGGCUCGGUUAAUACGUCGAGCACAAUUCCUCCCAUGCGCCACGAAGGGGGUGAUAGGGUUGCAGCAAGAUUUGAAGGCGAGAACACUAUUUUCUCUCACGGUCGUCUGGUAUUACCCCGUGUGAGACGCUGA